CCACUGGGGCGAUGAUGUGGGACGUACCACAACACAGUCUAUGGGAACAGCAGUGACCUGAUAACCACCUGUGCUGUAGUUAGCCUUCAUUCAAAUCUGAAUGUUCUCUGCUACUAUAACCUAUAGUGCGUGACACCUUUGGAGUAAAGUAGAAAAUGCUCAUAUGAUCUCAGAGAGACACCAUGUUCCAAGCCAAGCUGACCGGCCAGUUAACUCUGAAUACUCUGAGGAGAAUUCAUCAUGGAACUUGUUAUCCGUGCCUAUCCGUCCUGCCAAACUGCUUCAUCCAAAAGAAGGGGGUGGGGACCAAAUAUGGUCUCUACUCAGAGUCCAGUGUGUUGCGAAGAGGUUUUUAUGGACAAAGUGCAGUCCGUCCAUCACUCCGAAUAUGUGAGGGGCACCACAGUGAGAGAAGACCAUUCAGUCUGUCAGCUGCUAGUAUUGUGAAUUCAUCCCCAGCGCGUGUCCAGCCCUAUUUACGACUGAUGAGGCUGGAUAAACCUAUUGGUACAUGGCUGCUGUACCUCCCAUGUACAUGGAGUAUUGCUCUUGCUGCGGACCCUGGAUGUCUCCCAGAUCUAGGCAUGCUCACUCUGUUUGGUACAGGUGCUCUGCUGAUGAGAGGGGCUGGUUGCACCAUCAAUGACAUGUGGGAUAAAGACUUUGAUAAAAAGGUUUUCAGGACAGCCUCUCGACCCAUUGCAUCAGGAGAGAUUUCUCGAAUGCAGGCACUUGUCUUCCUGGGAGGCCAGCUCUCUCUUGCACUUGGGGUUCUUUUGUGUCUCAACUAUUACAGCAUUGCUUUGGGUGCUUCUUCCUUAUCUCUUGUCGUCAUCUACCCACUGAUGAAGAGGAUCACCUACUGGCCACAGCUGGUUUUAGGACUAACUUUCAACUGGGGCGCUCUGCUCGGCUGGUCUGCUGUUAAGGGCUUCUGUGACUGGUCCGUGUGCCUCCCACUGUAUUUCUCAGGAGUGAUGUGGACACUGAUAUAUGACACAAUAUAUGCACAUCAGGACAAGGAGGAUGACGUCAAGGUGGGAGUCAAAUCUACAGCACUGAAGUUCCAGGAGCAAACCAAACCUUGGCUGAGUGGUUUCACAGUGGCCAUGCUGUCAGGACUGGUUGUGGCUGGGGUCAAUGCUGAGCAGACUCUCCCUUACUAUGCUGUACUGACCACUGUGGGCGUUCACCUUGCACACCAGAUUUACACACUGGACAUCAGCAAACCAGAAAACUGCUGGAAGGAAUUUGUCUCAAACAGAAACCUUGGGCUGUUGUUAUUUUUAGGGAUUGUUGCUGGCAAUUUGUGGAAAGAAAGGAGAGAGACUUUACUGCAAAAUGAGGGAGCAUCCACAUUAGAGAGUUAGUCAGUGCACAGUGUAUUUUAUAACAUUAUGUGUGACUUUAACCCACAGUUGUUGGGAAUGUUUCUCAUGAAACUUCAUUUUAGUUUUUCAUCAUCUAGGGUUUUACAUUAUAUUAUAUGUUAACAUUACUUCUGUAUUAAAGACUCUUGAACCUGCAACAUGUAUUGUGUUGCUGGUAAACACAAGUUCCUGUUGUGUCAUCAUAAGUAUCAUUGGAGGUGUGUUUUGGAACCUCACUUCGCCAUUAAUGGUGUCACCACAGACAUCCAGCUCCAAAUACUUUCAUGUCAACAGAGGGCUCAGUCA